CUGAAAAAAAAGUAGUACAGUAAAAAGCCAUCGCCUUGAGACUUAUAGAAAUUCUCAUUCACACCUUACUGUGUCUGUCCCUGCCAGUUUACAGCCAGUCGCUCUUUUUCGGUAUAGAAAUGGCUCUCUGCAAAGUUUGUGAAGAGACCUUGGUGCUGCGUCUUGAUCCUGAGGAGGAUGUAGAUGACGAAGCUGGCGCUGCAGGCCCCAGCACUUCAGAUUCAUCAGUGCCCGAUGAUCUUGAGCUCCCCUGUGGUUGUCACUUUCAUUGGCAAUGCUUGCUUGACCAGUCUUCAGAUGUAGCCCUGUCCCUCAAGUGUCCCAGCUGCACCGCAUACCUUCCUGUCAAUGAAGGGGGCCCUUCGGUGACAAACACUUUCCUCUCGACACCCCCGGGUACCGCCAUACUCACAAGAUAUACGAAUGAGGGCGGCAUCCAGGAAAACCUAGAUAUUCUUCCAUCCAUCACCGAGGAAGCAUAUCUUGAGAGUAACCCCAAGGCGCGCCCAGCUCGCGCGCUCCUUGUCAUGUGCGCGGAGGGUGAUGUUGGCGGCGUUGUUGAACUUCUCCGAGACGCCAGUGACAGUGUUGAAGAUCUCACAGCCUUUGUAACCUACCAGGACCCUCUGGGAGACAUGAAGAACGGGUUGCACCUUGCGAUAGAAAACUCACAAGAGGAAUCGCUUUGGCUUUUGCUUUGGCUUUGUUCCACGAUCCCGGAAUCUGCCUUUCCAGAGUAUGCUCGCUCUGUGGCUGAGGCGACAGGUGUUGGCCGCUUGUCGGUGAACAGAGAAAGGGAUAUUCGUGGGUUGCGAGACAACCAAGGUAGGACAGCUGCAGACCUUGCCCAGCAGCGACAGGGACAAUGGGGGCAUAUUCUUCAGACAGGUUUAUUAUCGCCGUAGAGUCGGCAGGCAGGUUCUGUUAAUGGCGUUCAAAAGCGAUUGCAUGACCAAUGCUACAACUAGACAAUAUGGUUUAUGAAGGUUAAAAAUAUAUACGGCUGCAUCCCCAAUUCUGUGCUUCAUCUUCAACAAGCUUUUUGGCAUGAAAGCCGGGACUGUAGUGGAGU